AUGAACAUUGUUACAUGUGUGCCUUCCCAGCUUUUGACAUUCUACCAAGAACAACAGAAAAUGAACAAAUCCCUGAAAUGUGCUGGUCAGGGAUCCGUGUCGUUCAAGGAUGUGACUGUGGACUUUACCCAGGACGAGUGGCUACAGUUGACGGGCACACAGAGGACGCUGUACCGGGACGUGAUGCUGGAGAACUACAGCCACCUGGUCUCAGUGGGGUGUCACCUCACCAAACCAGAUGUGAUCUUCAGGCUGGAGCAAGGAGAAGAGCUGUGGCCAUCAGAGGGAGAAUUCCCAGACCAGGGUGAUCAAGCCCUAAUUAUCCAUCAAGUGUCUCACACAGGGAAGAAACCCUAUGACUGUAAUGAAUGUGGGAAAACCUUCUGUGUGAAGUCAAACCUCACUAAACAUCAGAAAAUUCACACUGGGGAGAAACCCUAUAAAUGUAAUGAAUGUGGGAAAUCCUUCUAUAUGAAGUCAGCCCUCAGUCAACACCAGAGAAUACACACUGGGGAAAAACCUUUUGAAUGUAAAGAAUGUGAGAAAACCUUCUUCCAGAAGUCCCACCUCACUAAACAUCAGCGCACACACACAGGGGAGAAACCCUAUGAAUGUAAGGAAUGUAAAAAAACCUUCUUCCAGAAGUCACACCUCAUUGAACACCAGAGAACACACACUGGGGAGAAGCCCCAUGAAUGUAACAAAUGUGGGAAAUCUUUCUGUUAUAAGUCAGCCUUAACCAUACAUCAGAGAACUCACACAGAAGAGAAACCAUAUAAAUGCAAUGAAUGUGAGAAAUCUUUCUGUAUGAAAUCACACCUCACUGUACAUCAGAGAACUCACACAGGGAAGAACCCCUUUGAAUGUAAGGAAUGUGGGAAGACUUUUUAUGUGAAGUCAAACCUCAUUAAUCAUCAGAGGACUCACACAGGGGAGAAGCCCUAUGAAUGUAAGCGAUGUGGGAAAUCCUUCUGUAUGAAGUCGACCCUCACGGUUCAUCAGCGCACACACACAGGGGAGAAGCCGUAUGAAUGUAACGAAUGUGGGAAGUCCUUCUGCAAGAAGUCAACGCUCACAAAACACCAGGUAAUUCACACAAGAGAGAUGCCCUAA